AUGCAUUAUUCAGACUAUGCCCCCAAAGUAGCCUUGUUUACAGCACAUAGAGACAACGACGACAACGCCGUCACUCUGAGAGACAAGGAAAAUGACUUCAGUCAGAGGUACAACGUCAACAAUGACUUCAGUCAGAGGGACAACGACAGCAAUGACUUCAGUCUGUGGGACAAUGACAGCAAUGACUUCAGUCAGAGGGACAACGACAGCCAUAACGUCAGUCUGAGGGACGACGACAGCAAUGACUUCAGUCUGAGGUACAACGACAGCAAUGACUUCAGUCAGAGGGACAAUGACAGCCAUAACGUCAGUCUGAGGGACGACGACAGCAAUGACUUCAGUCUGAGGGACAACGACAGCAAUGACUUCAGUCUGAAAGACAAUGACAGCAAUGACUUCAGUCUGAGGGACAACGACAGCAAUAACUUCAGUCUGAGGGACAACGACGUGCAAUAA